AUGGGGCUUUCCCGACCGCUCGCCUCGACAACCCAGGCCCCUGACAGCCCUGGAAGUCGGGGGCUAACUUCUCUAAGUUCAGGCGCAAAUUCGCCUUUUCGCUACACACACCACGUGAAUAACUCGCAAACACUUGGCCAUCCCGUUUUCAUGGUCAAUAACGAUCUAGUUUCACCCACUGCUUCCACUGCUGCUAUCAAUCAUUCGUCUGUCUCUCUCCUUCAUGCUCAACAAGGCUAUCAGCAACAGUUGUUUCAAACUUCUCCUCACCAGAUGGACGUUUUGCAGCAUCCAGAAUCCAUCUCACUCGAGGAGACUGAAUCCGCCGACCUAACCUCCGAUGAAAAAUAUCGCUUAACGGAGACAACUUCAGAUCCUACUCCAACACUUGAACCUGUUGGCACCACUUGUGAACUACGACUCAACUGCUUAUCAAAUACAAAAGAAGAUCAAAGAAGCUCUAACAUAGAUGAUGAAUAUGAACAGAAGCAUAAAGAAUCAUUUACUGACCACAUAGUUGAGGAGGAUAAAAUUCUUAACCAAUUUGAACAGACCUCAAAAGAGGUCAGUAAAUACUCACAUAAAACAGAAGACAAUGAAGAGACUAAUCACAAACAGGGACUAAAGCAAAAGCAUGUUUUACAGAUGGACUGUCUUAACAUGAUUCCAACUUCUCAUAUUCGUGAACUUAAUCUUACAACAUCAAGUCAGAAAGGAAAAAGUGACUCUCUAUCCGGUGGACAUUCCAAUAGACGUCAUGCCACGACUCGUUCAAAGCUAGGUAUCUCUUCUGUUACCAUAGCUAGUAAAGCUAGUCAAUCCGAUAGCCACAAUCUAGUCACCAAGGUGGGUUAUUUUCUUUAA